GGGCAGCACGUUGUGCACGUUGUGGUUUGUGAGUCAGCUGUGAAUCUGCUGCUGAUGCCGGAGGACGGACUCUUCACGAUGGCAGCAGGCAGGCUGAGCUUCAGGAACAUCACCGCCCUGGCUCCGAUGGUGCGGGUGGGGACUCUGCCCAUGAGGCUGCUGGCGCUGGACUACGGAGCCGAUGUGGUUUACUGCGAGGAGCUGAUUGACAUCAAGAUGGCCCAGUGUCACAGAGUGGUGAACGAGGUUCUGCACACGGUGGACUUCGUGGCUCCGGACGAUCGAGUGGUGUUCAGGACCUGCGAGAGGGAGAAGGGCCGAGUGGUCUUCCAGAUGGGGACGGCCGAUCCAGACCGAGCGCUGACCGUGGCUCGACUCGUGGAGAAGGACGUGGCCGCCGUGGACGUGAACAUGGGCUGUCCGAAGGAAUACUCCACUAAGGGCGGGAUGGGAGCUGCUCUUCUGAGCGACCCUGACAAGAUCGAGGCGAUCCUCAGGAAGCUGGUCACAGGCGUUUCCAUCCCAGUGACGUGUAAGAUCCGGAUCCUUCCUUCGUUGGAGGAAACGAUCCGACUGGUUCAGAGGAUCCAGAGGACGGGCGUCACUGCUGUUGCCGUCCACGGCCGGUUGAAGGAGGAGCGUCAGAGACACCCGCUCCACUGUGACUACAUCCAGGCCGUCGCUCGGGCUGUUUCCAUCCCCGUCAUCGCCAAUGGAGGUUCUCUGGACCUGGUGAAGACCAACGCUGACAUCGAGGAGUUCCGGCGGGCGACCGGCGCCUCGUCCGUCAUGUUGGCUCGAGCCGCCAUGUGGAACCCGUCGGUGUUCGCCAGCCAGGGACCACUUCCUGUGGAGGGGGUCAUGGAGCAAUACCUCAAAUACGCGAUCGAGUUCGACAACAACGCCUUCAACACCAAGUACUGUCUGUGUCAGAUGCUGAGGGACAAGGUGGAGUCUCCUCUGGGGAAGCAGCUGCAGGCGGCUCAGAGCAACGCUGAGAUCAGCGCGGCGUACGGGCUGCAGGAGUUCUACCAGCAGACGCAGGAGCGGCUGCAGACCAGGAGGGCGGCGCUGCAGAGCGGCAGCGAGCCCGACCGGCCCGUGGUGGACGGAGACCUCACCAGCAUGGCCGUCAAGUUCCAACGGAGGGAGUAUCCACCUCAGGUCACACCGAAGAUGUUCCUGCUGGAGUGGAGCCGCAAGGAGAAGCUGGAGCAGCCGCUGUACCACAUGGUGGAACGUUCACAGGAUCGAAGCUUUCAGGCGACUGUGACUGUAGCAGGAAAGAAAUACAGAUCUUCACUGUGGGAGAAGUCGAAGAAGUUCGCGGAGCAGGCGGCUGCCGUGGUCUGCCUGCGAGUCCUGGAGAUCCCCGAGGGUCGGGUCGGCGAGGAGGAGUCCGGCCUGGUCUGCAAGAGGAAGAGGGACGGGAAGAGCAACGGCAGCGCGGAGCAGGACAGCAGCAAGAAACAACACCUUUCUGCUGAGGACCAGCAGGAAACACAAACCCCAAAGACCCCGGCGGUGGCCAACGGGGACGGUCGCAGAGCAGACACGACUCCAGAGCAGCUGUGAAGUGUUUGUCGGACAGUGUCACUUCCUGUCUGGAACAUCUGCGACGUCGUAGAACUGAAAACUGAAUUUACAUCAGCUGCUGGAUUCUGCCUUUACAUGAACAGACUUCUUUUUUUACUUGAUUUACAACGGUUUUCAUUUGUAAACACUGAGACGUGCUCAGUGAAAACUGUUCCUCACCAGAUCAGCUGUGAGAGAUUCACUUGUUUUAACUUGGAUGAAAUGAGUUUGAACCAGCAGGUGGCAGCACUGAGCGCUCAGCUCAGGUGUCAUCAGCUCAUGUCAGAGGUUUGAACCUGGUGCCUUAAAGAGGAAGUUUUACUUUUCAUUCUGAUGGAUCAUCGUCUGUCUCCUGAUUCAAUCCUUUAGUUUCUGCUGGGAAUGACUGAGGUUGGUUUAAAAGACGUUACACGUAGUAAACUGGUGGUAAACACGUAGUAAACAUGUAGUAAACAUCUGGUAAACAUGUAGUAAACAUGUAGUAAACGUGUAGUAAACAUGUCGAGCAGACUCCAGGUGCCAUAUGUUUUUGUUAAUCCUCCUCUGAGCUUUUAUUUCACUUGAGGUAAAGAAAUCUGUAUCUUCCACAUUGUUUCAUUUUAAAGAAGAAGCUGCUUUUUAUUUCCAUUUUUUUUAUUUCGUCUCCUGAAGCUGAUGCAACGCGUGGUGCGUUCAGGCUCCUCCGGCUCGACGCAGAUAAACGGAUCAAUUAUCUCGAGGUUAAUUAAUCUGAAAGUCCUGAACUGAACCUGAGAGGGAAACGCCCACUCUGACGUCAUCCCCGGGCUGGCUAACGGGGCGUUCAGGGGCCACUGUGGGAAGUUCAGUACUCAGGAUACAGGCUGUUGCUCCGUGUGAAGCUGAGUGUUUAAAAGUGUUGUAAAGAUUAUGAAUUACUUUGUUUUUUGUCAAACUUUCAACACUUCCUUGUGUAAACAGACAUGUUCAAGAAGAUACACAUAAACCUUGGUCUCAUGCUGACAAAUAAAGUGACAACAAUAAAAUAAAACAAGU